UAAAUCUCUCUAUCUACCAAAUCAACAAGACUAUUUUGAUUAUUUAAAUCUUUUAUCCUUAUCAACAUUUGAUUCUUCAAAUGGAGAUGAAUUAGGUUCUUUCCAAGAUUCUUUGUCCAGUAAAUUAACAAAUAUGCCAGAAAUAAGUAAUGUUAGCAAAAAUAAUGUUAAUAAGCCUGAACAAGAAGCAAAUAGCAAACUGAAAACAAGCAUUAAUGAUAUUUAUAAUUAUUGCAAAAUUUAUAAGUAG